UCCGUACAAAUAAGACAUAUAUAAAUGGAACAUUUUAACGGUUUGAUGAAAUUACAUUUAUAUUUUCAAGUUUCUGUUUUCAUUUAAAUAGAGUCCGCUAUGGGAUUCCAUGCCGGAAGUUUGCAGUAUAAAGUUCGUCACGGCCUGACACUCCGGUCCAGUAGGUGGCGGUAUGCACCAUUAGAGCUUGGUUUGCGAUCUUCUUCGUGCUUUUCUCUUCCUCUGCUGCUCCUGCAUCCCGUAUGGGAGGACGACACCAACCAAAUACGACUUCUGUGAAGAAAUGAUAUAAUUAUUUAGUCCUGUACAGACAGUUUGUGAUAUAUUCAGUAUUUUAUUGUACAGGAGAUGGACAACACAUAUCACCACACUCCGGCAGAUAGUCAGCAGGCUCCUGUGUACAAUGGCGGCUAUCUGGAGACUCCGUUUACCGUUACGAGACCGCCGCCGCCGAGCGCAGUACGUGAACCGACACAGCCGGACCCCACCGCUACACGGUGGACAGCUUCACAGGGGAAUGACAGUCACCCGUACGGAUUCAGGAGCAAUUUCCCCCCACCGUCUCCCGGAGGAGGGGGUUUUGAAGGGCCCCGCUUCGUCCAUCCGUAUGCGUUUGACCCAUCCGUCCCUCCGCCUCCUUUCGGCUGUCCACCACCCGGACACUUUCUUAACACGGUGCCCACGGCUUCGGUAAACACAUACAGCAGCGGGGGAGCAUUUCAAACAUUUACCCAGCAGUUUAGAUCCGGCUAUCAGACGACUCCGUAUGACCCGACCUCCAGUCAGAAACGACCACAGCAUGAAUAUGCGGACUUCUCUGAGAGUGGAGCUCCGUUCGGCUGCCGUCUGUUUCCUCCGCGGGGUCAGGACCACGACCGGAGUCCGGGAAUGACAACACGAGCUGAGGAGGAAACAGCCCUUCAAAGUAAGCAGGAUCAACAGUGGCUCCGGCGGUUCUUACAAAGCAGAGACAACACGUCCAAGACCCCACAGACCCAGCAGCAGCAGCAGCAGCAGCAGCACAGCUGUAUUCCUGACCUGAGACAGGCUCUGUACAGCGCAGCUCAGCUCGUCUCACAGCUGGAGGAGUCCUGUGAAACUCUGAGGAACAACGUGGAGAAUGCGUGUGUUUGGACGGACUCGCAUUUAAUGGCUUUAAAUGUGAAGAGAGAGCUACAGGACAAACUCUCUGUCCUCAGUCAUAGUUUAGACUGCUGGAAAACUAAAGUGUCCCGUGUUGCGAAGAGGAGGACCCGACGACUGAGAGCAAGGAAACUGCAGCAGGUUGAGGAGAAACAGAGAGAGGACCACAUCUCUGAGAAAGAGGCUGCCAUAGAUCAGUGGCGGAUGCAGCAGAUACGCCAAGUAGAGGAGAAGAAGAAGGAGCAGGAGCUCAAGCUGGCUGCAGACGCUGUUCUCUGUGAGGUGAGGAAGAAGCAAGCAGACGUGAAGAGGAUGCAGGAUGUUCUGAGAUCUCUGGAGAAACUGCGCAGACUGAGGAAAGAGGCAGCGUUAAGGAAAGGUAUUGUCACUGACCGAGAAUGUGAAGAGGCCUUCAACAGCCAGCUGGACCAGCUGAGGUGUGUGUUAAAGAAGAGAACAGCAGUUUACUCAGCGGAGGAGAAAGCUCUGAUGGUGAUGCUGGAAGGAGAACAGGAGGAGGAGAGGAGGAGAGAAUGGGAGAAGCGAGUUAAGAAGAAGAGAGAGAGACAGCUGCAGAGGAAACACAGAGUGGACGCAAUGCUGUUUGGAGAUGAGCCUCCUGCUGAUUCUGUUCUGCAGCCCUUCACAGAAUUUUACACCCAGGCUGAAAGCUCACUGCACGCUCUACUUCAAAUCAGGAGAGAGUGGGAUGUGUUUGUGGUCGCAGCAGAUCAUCCUGAUGGUUCUCCUGUUCCUCAGAGCUGGAUCCUGCCGGACGCCCCGUCGGAUCAGGCCUGGGCUUCUGCUCUGCACACUGCUGACACUGAACUGUAAACUGAACUGUGACAAACCUACACUGCAGGUCUGCAGACUGUAAAGUAACAAGUCGACGAUGUUCACAGUUCUAACGCCUUUUGUUUUUGAGAGAGGACAUCAUUAACUUGAACAAGAGAAUGAGAAAAUGAAUUGUGAAAACUUCUGCAAUUACCAUGGUAAGAGAACAAGAAAGCUUUGGUUCUGCUUUAUGUAUUUUCAGAACUGUCCUUUGUUCUCUUUUUUUAAAAUGUAAAACUAGGUCAACUCUUUUUUCUGGUCUCUUAAUAUAUUUUAAGUAAUAAAAUAUAUUUUGUGGGAAGCAAUUUUUUUCUGUUUA